GUUGUGAAGGGUGUUCGUGACGGCCUGAACCCGAGAAUCAGCCAAUCACCAUUCACCACAUCUUGUUUAAGUUAGAGGUGUUGUCUGCAAUGGCUUCAGUUAAAUCCUUUACAUUUUUUGCCUUAAAUCUACUUAUAUGUUUUAUUGCUGUUCAGUGUGGGAGAGACUUUUAUUCUAUACUAGGAGUACAGCGCAAUGCUAAUCUUAAUCAAAUUAAAAAAGCAUACCGACGGCUAGCUAAGGAACUACAUCCAGACAAGAAUAAAGAUGAUCCAGAUGCUUCAAGCAAAUUCCAGGAUUUAGGGGCGGCUUAUGAAGUACUUUCAGACCAGGACAAAAGGGAACAAUAUGAUCGGUGUGGUGAAGAAUGUUUGAAGAAAGAAGGUAUGAUGAACCAUGGAGGGGAUCCCUUCGCUAGCUUUUUUGGUGGUGAUUUCUUUCCGUUUGGUAAUCCACAUGAUAAUCAACAUGAAACACCAAAAGGAGCCAAUAUUGUCAUAGAUUUAUGGGUGACGUUAGAAGAACUCUACUCCGGAAAUUUUGUUGAGAUCACAAGAAAUAAACCUGUGAUGAAACCAGCUAAAGGCACACGAAAAUGCAACUGUAGACAAGAAGUUGUCACAAAAUCACUUGGUCCUGGUCGUUUCCAAAUGAUGCAGCAGACUGUUUGUGAUGAAUGCCCUAAUGUCAAGUUAGUUAAUGAGGAGAGGACUUUAGAAAUUGAGAUUGAGCCUGGCAUGGUAGAAGGUCAAGAAACUAAAUUUGUUGCUGAGGGAGAGCCUCAUGUUGAUGGGGAGCCAGGAGACCUCAUUCUAAAAAUUAAAACCCAGACUCACAAGAGGUUUGAACGUCAUGGUGAUGAUCUCUAUACCAAUAUUACUAUUUCCCUACAAGAUGCCCUCAUUGGGUUUACGACUGAAAUAAAUCAUUUGGAUGGACACAAAGUGACUGUAUCUAGGGACAAAGUGACCCCUCCUGGCACUAAAAUCCGUAAGAAGGGCGAAGGCAUGCCUAAUUUUGAGAACAACAAUUUACAUGGUGCCCUUAUAAUCACUUUUGACGUUGAAUUUCCCAAAAAAGUGUUAACAGAUAAGGAACAAGAAGAAAUUAAGACUCUAUUAGGACAAGAUUCAACCUUCAAAGUAUAUAAUGGACUUCAAGGGUUUUAAAUGAACAAUACAGAUAUUCCAAAUCUGUUGCUGAAGUAUCUUACUACUGUGUUCUACCAUCCUAUAAAUGUCAGUUGACAUACAGUGCACUUCAGAAACAAGAAUGUAUGUAUGUGUAUUUGUUUUUCGCGUGAACAUUAUUGGCUGUGAAAUAUCAUGUAUGAUCAUGUAGUAUAAAUGCAUAAUGUGCAUGAAACAAAAUAUGGAUCCCAUUGUGUUCAUGAAACAGGGAACCUGUAUGGCAAUCAAAGUUGUGCCAUUGACUGUGUCAGUCAUCUUUAGAUGAAUUUAUAAACAAACAUUUUUAUUUAUUAUUGUCUCAACUGAUUGUCUGUGGACUAUCUAGUUAUCCCACUGAACCAUAGAGAAUUUUUGAUACCACUGAACAACUCCAGAACUUAAGUGAGUUUUUUUUUCCUUUUUGUCUUUGUAGUAAUGUGAUGACAUACCUAGUACUUAGUGGAAUAUUUGAAGUUUUCAUCUGUCGCUAACUUCCUCAUCAAUCUGACCAUUGGCACGCGCUAUGUCUUAGAUGUUCUUUAUGAUUUUCUAAAAUUAUAGUGAUUGUUUGCUCAUGUGAAGGCAGUUGUGAGGCUAGUUUUUUGCCCUUGCGUUUUUCCAUGGCCUCUGAUGAUAUGUGUGCAUGUAUGAACCCUAAAAAUAUUCUCCAUCAUGGUCAUGGUCUAUGUUACAAAUAUUUCUGAUUUUGUGAUUCCAUCUUGUGUAAGCUAUGCUAUCCUACGUGUUUGAUUAUUGGAGUUCAAAACUUCUUUGUUUGCUCAUUAUUUAUAUGAGAGUAGGAACUGAAGUUGUUGUGAAUGAAACAUGAGAAAUAAAAAAGAUUUUUUUUCCCUUCUUUUGCUGAGGUAUUUCUAAAAUUAUCAAUAAACUAUUUAUAACACCUGA